AUGCGCUUAAGAAUGGAUGAUCUUAACGGUUGUGAAGUGUGCCAAAAGCCGGCCAAUCAAAAGUGCGGAGGAUGUCACAGUAUUUUUUAUUGCGGCAAGGAGCAUCAAAGAUCGCACUGGAAGAAGCACAAGAAGUUCUGUCGGCCGUUUGAGAUGGCCAACGAUGACAAUGUUGGGCGAUUUAUUAAAGCGACCAAGGAAAUUGAGGAAGGGUCGGUCAUCUUUGAGGAGAGACCAUUGAGUGUGUCACCCAUGCAGCUAACUUUACCGGUGUGUAUGGGUUGCGGCAACCAUGUAACGGCUGAAGACGUUCAUCCAUGUCCGAAAUGCGGAUGGCCAUUGUGCGGCGAACAGUGCGAAAGUAACCCCAAUCACGUUCCUGAGUGUUACUACACCAGCAAAAUUGGACAAAAGGUUUCCAUAACCACUUUCGACACGAUUCAUCCAUUGUACCGCUGCGUAGGCGCUUUGAGGUGUUUAUACCAGAAGCAGUUUGCGCCAGACGUUUGGAGAAAAAUUGAGAAACUCGAAUCGCAUUGUAAACUUCGAAAAGGCACCGACGGAUAUGAACAAGAUCGACUGUGCGUCGUCGAUACCAUCCGCAAUUUCUUGAAGCUGAAAGAAUUUAGCGAGGAGGAAAUCUUGAGAUGCACCGGAGUUAUCGGGGUAAAUGCCCACGAAAUUCCCUUGAGUACCCCCUCGCAGGUUGGGCUCUUCAAUGUAACGUCGAUAUUUGAGCACAGCUGCAGAUCGAACGCGUACAAGACCUUCUCAAUGGCCGGCCAGGUACGGGUGAUUGCGGGAAGGAAAAUUGACAAGGGAGAGCACAUCAGCAUCUGCUACACGGAACCGCUCCAAACGACCCUUUUUCGCCAGAAGCACUUGCAGCGAACGAAGUUUUUCUCGUGCAGAUGCGAGCGAUGCCUCGACGUUACCGAGUUUGGUACAAACGUGAGCGCGUUGAACUGCCAGAGCGGGCAGUGCAAAGGGAUCGUGCUACCAGGAAGCUUCGAGAACGAAAACGCGGAGUGGUGUUGUAAACAGUGUGGAAGUAAACAGACUGCCGAAUUUGUAAUGAACGCAAUGAAACGUAUCGGAGAUGACUUGGUGCUGAUGGAUAAAGGAAGUGUUGAAGACUGCAAGCAAUUUUUAGAUCACUACAGCACACUUUUGACCCCCAAUCAUGCUUACAUGAUCGACAUCAAGUUGGCUCUUGGGCAGCUGAUUGGAAAUGGAGAUUACAGCCUGAAAACUGUUAGUGUCGACGAUCUUCUGCUCAAAAAACAACUCUGCCAGGACGUUAUCAAUAUCGUAAACAUAAUAGCACCAGCCGAGAAACGCGUUAUAGGAAUCAUGCUGGUGGAGAUUUACACGUGCACCACUGAAUUGCAACGUAGAAAACUGCACAAGGCGAAUAAGGAUCCGGUGUCCAUGUUAACGGAGUGCACGACGAUUUUGAGGCAGGCGGUGCGUUGCCUCCAACACGAACCUGAGGUUCUGUUCGAGGGAAAGCUCUACCUGCAGGCUCUUAAAGAUCUGAAGAAGUUAGAAGGCUGUAACCAGCUAUUGAUACAAAAUCCGUCGUUGUUAAUGAAGUAAGGGAGAGGAAACUGUACACGUACAGGUUUAGGCAAAGUUGUACUUGGACCACUUCAACAUAAUGGUAAUGUUGUUACA